AUGGGCGGCUCCGUCGACUGGAUGUGCAUCGAGAAAGCAGACAGCGUACACGUUUAUGCUGGCCGGAAUCCGUUCACCACGUCGGACGCGCCAACGUUGUACAUGACGACAACGGAAAUCUACGCAACGUUAGACGAAGCCGCAGCUCUUCUGGACACGACGACGCCGGCCAAGGACCGCCACUUCAACUCGACCUUGUCCAGGGACAUCCUGGACAGCUGCAUUCUGUACGACGUCGCGCUGCCGACCCUGGACCAUCCGCGCAACUACAUUGGCGUGAAAUGGUGUGCGCUCGAGGUGUCGACGCGUUUCAAGUCCCGCGACUUUUGUUUGCUCGACUGCUCGGAUGAUUUUGUGUGGAGCGGACGGCGGGGCUGGGCCCGCGUAUUCCAUUCGAUCGAGUUGGAUUCGUGCCAUGAUAUGCAACAGUGCCUGAACCUUGUGCGGGGCAUGUCUUUAUGGAGUCGGCAACGCAGCCAGGCUAGGUGCACGUGGCACAGCUCGACCGACAACAGGGGCACGGUGCUCGACUGGGCCAACGACUUGUCUGUGAUACGCCGGAUCAAGGCGUUAAUGGACCUGAAUGCGCAGUUUCAGCGGCAUCGACUGACUCGCGCGACGUUUAUGGACGUCCACGACGUUGUGGCGUCGUCGGCGUGUGCCACCGUGCGCUUUCUCCAUUUCGACCCAUAA